UUAUUGCCUAUUAAAAAUCUGUACUUUAUUGAAUCAUCUUUGCUAUAUAACCUACAGAUGCUUUGUUUGUAUUAAAACCAUCAAAUCGAAGUUGAAGAUUUGGUCUCUUACGUGACUUCGGUCCCGGUUGCAGUCUCCGUUGAUAUGGCUGUAUUUAUGUUGAACGUCUGUAAAUUCAACGGUUGCGGCCUUACUUUCAAGAGUUUGGGGGACUUAAUUCAACACAUCGAGGAAACGCAUAUCGAUUAUGAUCCUCGUGUCGUGGAGCAGACAGAACAGCAGCAGCCCACUUGUAUACCAUUGAGUUACGUUUUGCGGUUUUUGACUGAUGCUGCAAGGAAAGAAGGCAUCAAGCCCAUUCAUCAGGCACGUUCCAAUCAAACGUGCUUACCCUCAUCUUUACGCAACAAGAACAACACUCCCACUGGCAGUGAGGCAGAAGAGGGUGAGGACUUUGUUAGUGAACCUGAAGACAGCAAUGACUCUUGGACUACUUCCGAGGAGUUCUCCGCUGACUUCAUUCUUCGCUAUGGCAGCAGGGUUGUGAGUCAGAAUACAACGAACCAGAAUAACAAUACAGAUAAGCCGUUUGCCUGUCCUGUGCCUGGAUGCAAAAAGCGUUACAAAAACGUUAACGGGAUAAAGUACCACUCGAAGAAUGGUCAUAAGAACGAUGGCAAGGUACGAAAGGCUUUUAAAUGUCCCUGCGGGAAGAGCUACAAGACGCCCUACGGCCUGAAGAAUCACGCGGCCAUACAGCACGGCGGUUCCGUGCUGCAAAUAAAAGUCUUACAAAACAACAACAAAAUGGCUGUAAAGUCGGAGAUCGAGCACGAGACUACCGAGAGCAGACAGGUCGGCGACGUCGGCUCGUUUAACGGCGUUCCGAUGACGUUUGUCAAAGUGCCGAAGGCGAAGGUGUCGGCGAUCGAGGAUCACGGCUACAUCAAGCAGGAGCGAUCGGUCCUCGUCGAGACGGAGAUUGAAUGCGAGAGUGAUCUCGGUAUCCUGACGCCUGCGUCCUCCCCACCACUGCCGGUUCAAAAUUCAGCUGUCAAGCAGGAGGCUCAUCCUCAGCAAGCGCGUUCUUUUCACAAGUAUCUUGCCAACGUGACUUCUAGUCAGAUGCACCGUCGUAACCUGAAGGGCGACAACUAGCCAGGACAUUAUUAUACACGACUUUGAUACGUUUUAGCUGUGUUUCACUCAGUCCGAGUCAAUGUUCUUGUCAAGCGAGAACUCGGUAGUCAUGUAGAUUCGGACACACUGUACAUGGAUGUAAUAUACAUAUAAUAUUUGGCAUAAUUGAGAUGCACGUCGAUCAAUUUUUCUUGUCGAUCUCCAUAAUGUAAACGUACUUUGGACAGUACGCAGGGAAACUACUCUUUCCGAAUUUAUAUCGCAUCAUGUGAAAUCAAUGAAUAGAAAAAGAAUCGCUUGAUGAUUUAGCAAUAUUAUAUAUACUUGUCGUAUGUGACGUUUUUGGUAUUAAUAGAGCGUAUCGAUAAUUA